UGCUUUGCAUGGCUCUGCAAAGUAAUGCAAAGCAGUGUGCUUACAGUUGAAAGCACUAACACAGCCCACAGUAAAACAGUACACAGUUAAUCCUUUGAUCACCCCAAAUGUUAACCCCUUCCUGCCCAGUGGCAUUAGUACAGUGAUCAGGGGCAGACUGACAACUCAUGGGGCCCCCAGGCAAUAGGGGAUCAUGGGGCCCCUGUGUCCUGGCCCACACUCAAACCACACCCAAAAAAGCCUAUGAAAGGUACCAGGGACAUCUCAUGGGGCCCUCUACUGACCCCAGGCCCUCGGGCAGUGCCCGAGUUCCCCAAUGGUCAGUCCGCCCCUGUGGAUAGGUCCGAGC